CGCUGAGCGCUCUGUGAGCUCAGGUGUGUUUACGUCACCGUCACUCCCUCGUCCGCUCUCGGCUCUCUCUAGCGCACACACACACACACACACUCACUCACUCUUAAAUCACUGUCGGGACUUGCGGUUCGGGAAAUCGAGAUUGUUUAAGUGAUUGCCGAGAAGUUUACUUUGUAUUUCCUGUGGAAACUAGUCCACCGAGUAAUGGAGUGGUGAGGUCUGGAGCAGCGUUGACGUCUCUGAGAAACUCAGCCGUUAUGGAGGCCAAAGAGGAGACUAGUGACACGGACAGUGGCAUCAUCCUGCACUCAGGUCCUGAUAGCCCUUGUACAGUGAUGAAGGACGUGACGACACACACUCGUGUGAUGCGUCUGAAGCUGCAGUCUCUGGAGGAGCAUCUGGAGGCGUGUGUGUCGGAACUCAAGAAGCUCUGCAUCCGAGAGGCUGAGCUGACGGGGCAGAUGUCGUCGGACUACCCCCUCCUGCCGGGAGAAAAGCCCCCACAGGUGCGGCGGCGAAUCGGAGCCGCCUUCAUGCUGGACGAGCAGAGCUUCCUGAGGAAGACCGAGGAGGACUCUGAUCUGGGUGCAGUGGAGAGGGAGCUGGCGCUGCAGCAGCAGAUCGUGGUUGCAGCGCGGCGUCUCUGCCAGCAGGGGGCGCCGAGUAAAGCGGUCAGGAGGAGCCGGCAGCACCAGUGUGACCACGAGGAGAACAAACUCAAACGGCUACAGGAGGCCGUCUUCCACCUCCGCUUGCAGCACGGCCGAGCGUCCCCACACCCCGCCAUCGCAGGACAGAGAGAUCAAGCCAUUUCAGAUGACAGCUCCCUGUCUGACUCAGCAGUGCUGGAUGAUGAGGAGAGGGCCAGUCAGGCGACUCAGCCGUCUCUGGAGCCGCCGCGCUCCGACCACGGCCAACCCUCUACGCCUCCUCCUCACCUCCUGCAGGAGCAGCGCGGGAGACACACGCCACCACAGACCCUGGGGCCCCUGACCCACCCCCUCAGCCCCUCCCUAAGCCACACCCACAAUUACCCACCCAGUCGCAUGCAAAGCCCCUCCCUAAGCCACCCCCACAAUUACCCACCCAGUCGCAUGCAAAGCCCCUCCCUUAGCCACCCCCACAAUUACCCGCCCAGUCCCAUGCAAAGCCCCUCCCUUAGCCACCCCCCCAGCCCCUCCUUUAGCCACCCUUGUAUCAUUCAAACCCCCUCCCCGAGCCCCUCCCUAAACCACACCCCCAGCCCCUCCCCCAGCCCCUCUCUGCCCCCCUCCCUCAGGGGCAGUUGUGGGUUGGGGGAAGAUGAGCGCCCCCCCAUCCAGCACUCGCCCUGGUCCGAGUCCAGCCUGGACCAGCCCUACGAGAAGCCCAAGAAAACACGCACUAGCAGCUGCAGAUCCGGCAGUCCUGCUGUGACUCCAACACUGCCCCCCUUGCAGAUGUGUGUGGGGGAGGGGGGGCAACCCCACCCUCUGCCUUCACAUGUGACUCAGAGACACAGCCAGUCCAACAGCGCCCCCUGUACUCCAGAGAUGCAGCUGCGCCGUGGCCUCUCCCUCAGGCUUCCCAGCUCUGAAGCGGCUCACGAUGUGGAUCUGGAGCGCGGGCGUUCCCGUUUCCCCCGGCGACGGUUGAUUGACAUGGGGAUGUCACCUGAGAGUUCGCCUCUGCAUGUUGGCAUGGGAAACCCGCUGUACUACUCCAGCUCUGAGGACAGCAUGUCUGAGCACUCGGCCACCUCCUACACCAGCUCCUACACCAGCUCCUCCUGCCACGAGGGGCCCGCCGAGGCCCCCCACCCCCACCCCUGCCAGCUGGUCUACGGGUACCCCGACCCCCACCCCCACAACGGUUUCUACAGGAACAUCCAGCACCAGUCCACACCCAGCUUCUCCAGAGCGGGGUACCCCCCCCACAUGAGAGCGUACCCCCCAGAGGCCGAGUUCGGGCAGACCCACGCCUCUCCGUGUCCGGGCGGUCGCUAUGACUACUGGUACGAGGAGGCCCCGGUGGUGGUGCUGCAGCGGGUGCCCACGGCGGUGCCCGCUCACGUGAGGCUGGCACGCGCGCCCUCGCUGAGGGAGUACCCGCAGCACCACCCCGCCAGCGGCCUCCCGCGCCAGCUGGUCUCCGAGGAGCUGAAGUCCUGGCACCAGCGCCACCAGUUCCACCGGCCGCGCUCGCUGGACCGACACCGCCAGGGCGCCGUGCGCGUCAGGACCAACUCCAGCCGGGAGUCACCGCUAUCCCAGCAGCCACUGCGACUCGAUCAGCCCCCCCAGACAGGCCUGGUUCCCAGGAUGGCGGAGCGGAACUACGGGCCGCGGCCAGCGGAGGAUGACCUCAUCAUCAGCCAGGUGUGAGCAGCCAGGACAGCGCUGUGUGUGUGUGUGUGUGUGUGUGUGUGUGUGUGUGUGUGUGUGUGUGUGUGUGUGUGUGUGUGUGUGGGGCGCGACCCUAUUUAUUAGACUAUUUAUUGAGCUACUGGACUGGAGAGGAAUGGCCAAGUACUGCCCAGGCUGCGACACACACGCAAACACACACACACACACCAUGGGCCUGCUCCUCCUCGGGCAACAGAACUCUGAGGAAUAUAGGUUCCGUCAUUUACUGUGAAAGACAAUGGUACAAGAACCCAUGAGAUUAGUAUGUAUAUGUGUGUGCGUGUGUAUGUGUGCGUGUGUAUGUGUGCGUGUGUGUAUGUGUGCGUGUGUGUAUGUAUCCUUUUAAAUAGAUGAAAUUCUCUAUGUUUUGUAUGUUUUAUAAGAAGAAUCUAUUUGUUACUAAAAGACGUGUGCUUUGAUUGGUCACUCACACCUGAGCAGUAAAUAAAGACGCACGUUUCCUGUG